UACUCAAAAAAUGGAUCCGUACAUUUAAGUAAUUCGCACAUUCACGAUGCAUCCGGAUGGACGACAAUCUCCAUACAGCACGCGGAUCACGGCAGAGCGCCGUGCACGUCAGUACGAGCUUCGGAACCAUCUGACCAUUUUGGGAGCCUCUCAUUGGCUGUGUCUUCUUCACAACGUUGAACAUCGGCGCGGUGGGUCACGUGACGACUGCUGCUGGCUGAGCGAAGCGUGUUAGCAGAUUUUUUUUCUAUUUUGUACAUACAUUGUUUUGUAUAUACUGUAUAUGAUGACAUCAGUGGUCAGCAAUCAAGCCCGGGGAAAUCGGGACAGAACGCUGCCCACGUCCACACAAACAACACAACCACAGAAACAGAUACAGGCCACAGCGGAGCAGAUUCGUUUGGCCCAAGUGAUCUAUGACAAAAAUGAUGCUGUCUUUGAGGACAAGGUCAAACAGCUGAUAGAGGUUAGUGGGAAGACUCAAGAUGAGUGCAUGGUUGCCCUCCAUGACUGCAACGAAGAUGUUAACAGAGCCAUCAAUUUCCUGCUGGAGAGCACCUCUGACACAAACUCCUGGGAGACGGUUGGAAAGAAGCGAAACAUUGGGAAAGAAGGCGGCCCAGUGGAGAUUAAGGAGAGCAGAGAAAAGAAGGGAGUAGAGAGGGAAGGUGGGCGUGGGCGUGGAGGGUCCAGCAAGCGUGGCCGAGGAAUCAGCAGAGGGCGUGAAGGUCGGUCAGAAGAAAAUGGGUUUGAGGUUGUCCCUGGUGAGAGAGGGGGUGACCGUGGUCGGAGAGGGAGGGGGAGAGGUGUUGGCGGUCGCGGAAGAGGGAGAGCAGCUGUUGGAAACAGGUUCUCCUCGCAAGGCAUGGGCACCUUCAAUCCAGCUGACUACACAGCUAAUUCUGGUGGACGCCAUGAGAAUUGGGAGGGGGAUGGCCAUGAACCUGCUGAGGGAACUGGAACAUGGAGUGGCAAUCUGGAAGACUGGGCAUCAGAAGACUGGAAUGAAGAUUUGUCUGAGACCAAAGUGUUCACUGCCUCGUCUGCUCCAGGGAACUCCACAGCAAGACACAAUGUUGAACUGGGAGGUACACUGCCAAAGCCUGCAGUGGGUUCUGUGGACAAUGUCUUGAGUUCGAUUGUAGAUGGGCCAUCUGCAGAGGACUUGGGUCAGAGUCUGGUUUUCACCAACUCCCACCACAAUGGACGCACUGCAACACACAGCUAUGCACAUGCUACAGCCAACAGCUACGCCCAUGCCGCCUCUGCUUCUACGACGUAUGCUAACGCUGCCCUGUCAUCAGUACUGGGUUCUGGAUUUGGGUCUCUGAAUACCCCCAAGCCCACGACCCCCUCUGACGUCAGAGCGGUUGACCAGCUGAAUGGCUCUCGUCUUGGUCAAAGGUCCAACCAGCCACUGGCCAUCAACAGUAACAUUUCCAAAGAAUCUGUUUCACCUCCUGUUCAGAGCCCUGCUCCUGCCACUACUCAAUCUGUGGAACCCAAACCUCAGAGGUUGGAGAACGGCCCUGUAAAUAACAUGCACAUGGAGAUGAAGCUUCAGCCAGAACCAUCGGCUGUGCUCAGCCAGCUAGCACAGAGGCAACAGUCAUCAAUGAUGCCCACUGCAGAGCCUCUGGUCCAGGCUCACUCGCAUGUUCCUCAAGUUCCUACACCUCCAGGUCAUGAGUCAUCUGUUCUAUCUGGAAGAGAGGGAGCUUCUCCGGGAGUAAAGCUGCCAGACAUGGAACCUCCUAUCACUGAGCCUCCACGGCAGCUGAAAACACAAAGGCGAAGAGUUCCACCACUGUCAAAGAUUCCAUCAGAGGCUGUGGAAAUGCCGGGCUCAGCUGACAUAUCUGGGCUGAAUGUUCAGUUUGGAGCUCUUCUGGACUUUGGUUCUGACACUGGGGGUGCAGCAAAUGAUAUGGUACAGACGGAUUCGGUCAGGGACUCCGUUCCAACUCAGAGUCCACUCUCUGUACCAUCUGUUGUACCAACUAAGCAGCUACAAAACAGCCUCUUUCCCAAACCUGCAGCAGUGAGUGACCACAUGAACAGCUUACAAUCAACUGUUUCGGAUCCCAGCUUCCCCUCUCCAUCUCUGGGCUUGCCAAGUGCAACACAGUCCCCUUCCCUGACUCUUCAAAGCACUGCCCCUCCUCCCUCAUCUGCAGCUCCUGCUGGAAACCGCUUGGAGAGCAGUGUCCCGAGGUCCAUGCCGCCCCAUCUGAGCUUCUCUCAGAAUAAGGAUGCUGCUGUACCCCUCACAAAUGGCUACAGUGGAAUGAAGAUGCCGACCACACAGGACUCAGCUACAUCUCCCAGGACAAUGAAAAAUGAUUCACCCAUCAUGUCCAGUGAGAGCGGCACCGCUCAUCACAUCCCCUCCCCUGCAGUUACCCCCUCACACUCUGCACCCAUUCCCGCGCUCACCAGCCAUGUUACUGCAUCACAUUCAUCUGUACCGGCUCAAACAACAAGCUCUUCCUUACCUAUGACCAACGAGGAGAGCAGUGGCAGUGUGCCCGCUUUUACAUCAUCUACUCAGGUUCUCAAUCCCGGUCUUUCAUCAACUCAAGCUGUCAGCAGUUCAAGCACCAAUGUUCCUCACUCCUCUGGGGCUCCGGGUCUGACUCCUAAUGGCACAAAUUCGUCCACCAACACCACACCGUCAGCAGCAGGUGCUCGCACCGCUCCACUGCUGACCAACUCUGGUAAAGCUCCUCCUAAUUUGGCACAAGGAGUUCCCCCACUUCUUGCCAACCAGUACAUCAUGGGGCCUGGAGGCUUGCUCCCUGCCUACCCGCAGAUCUAUGGUUAUGAGGACCUGCAAAUGCUGCAGUCUCGACUUCCAAUGGACUACUAUGGUGUAACAUUCCCAGGAACGACUGCCUCCAUGCCAGGAAGAGAUGGCCUCGCUAACAAUCUGUAUUCUGGUGAGGCAACGAAAUUCGGCAGAAACGACUCCUCACCUCCUGCUCCCCCAACGAGUCUAUCGUCAGCCAGUGUUCAGUCCCAGACACAGCAAGCACCACAAGGGGGCGCUCAGGGGCAGGGCCAAAGUCAGAAUCAGGCCCAACAGACUCAAAACCAGGCUUUCCUCAACCCUCCGCUGCCGCCAGGUUAUGGAUACACUGGUUUGCCGUACUAUGCUGGUAUGCCUGGAGUUCCAUCGGCCUUCCAGUACGGCCCUGUUUUUGUACCUCCUGCUUCGGCCAAACAGGCCACCAUGGGCAUGGCUAACCCAUCCAACCAGUACCACCAACAGCAUCAGCCCAAUUACGGACAACACACAUACGGCGCAGCCUUUGAUGACCUGUCUCAAGCCCAUGGUGGGGAGUACAGUAAGGGAGGGUACGGAGGCUCUGCCCAGUCUCAGGCCAAGUCAGCGGGCAGCGGCCCAGGGAAAGCACCCGGACUGUCAGGCUCGGGGAACCAAGGGGGUGUUCCUGAUAUGGGUGGAUCUAUCUACAGCAAAACACAGUCAUUCGACAAGCAGGGUUUCCACACGGGGACACCGCCUCCCUUCAGCCUGCCCUCUGCACUGGGGGGAACAGGCCCUAUGAACCCUGGUGGUGCUCCAGGAUACGCCCCCCCACCCUUCCUCCACAUCUUACCCCCGCACCAACAGCCCCACUCACAGCUGCUGCACCAUCACCUCACACAGGACGGACAGGGCGGAGUCCAGCGCAGCCAGUCCAGCAGCAUGCAGCAGAAGACCCAAGGAAGCAAAUCCAGCUAUGGCAGCUCUCCCUACUGGGGAAACUGAGAAAUGUUUCUACACCCUCCGACAGAAGGCGACAUGUUCACAAUCCCGUGUUACACUGAAACCAUCAAGAUGAACAGCCCUCCCGCUCCCCCACCUUCACAAGUCCUCAUGUGUCCUGGGUUCUCUCACGCCCACUCUGCAAAAUUGGUUGUACAUGUAAGAUAUUUAUGUAUGUAUUUAUAUAUAUAUACUGUAUAUGUAAUAGUAGAACUUAAAAUGUGGUUGCUACAUUUUAUUUUUGAAGGACUUUUGUUUACUUUUCCAAAACUACAGAUUUAAAUGUUACAUAAAAGAGAGAAAGGGAUAAUGGUGAGAGAAAAUGGAAUCCUUCCUGGCGAAACCAAACAUGAACAGAGAGCUUAUAGCACUGACGAAAUGAGGACAUUUCAAAUGGGGGUGGGGUUUAUAACUAACUGCGUUCGUCUCUUUACCUUCCUUGUUUCCCGAAUGACUUGUUUCAUUCUCCAGACGUCAUUUUUAUAGCUUUCCGUACUUCCUCCCACGCAUCUUCUCGAAGGCCGGCCUGUCUCCUGCUCAAAGCCUUCUCUUCAUAGACAGAUCUGUCCAUCUAAAUUUUGUAUUUUAAUUUAAUUUUAAUUCUUAUUGCCCGGAAAAUAAAGGUUCUAAGCAGUUGGUACUUCUUGUGGU